CGCCACCAUCGCGACUCAAAAGCUCCCACGGUGAUAAUUUUCCUUCCAACUUCCACGAUAAGACACGUACUUAAAUGGCGGGCUCAAAUGAUAAUCUCCCUGUCAACUUUGGCAUCCUCCUUUUCCCAGCCUUCCAAGCUCUCGAUGCUUUUGGCCCACUUGAUGCUUUGAACAUCUUAUCCAUGAAUUUUCCGAUGAAUUUAUCCAUCAUUGGACCUACACUGGAUCCGAUCUCUACAAAACAUAGCUCCAAUUUCGGUGAAUCCAUCGUUCCAACCCAUACAAUCAGCGACCCACCGCAGGAUCUCGACGUCCUUCUCGUCCCAGGAGGUCUGGGAGUCCGUGACUUUGAGGGCACUACGCCCAUUGUCGACUUCAUUCGGACUAUCUAUCCAUCGCUGGCGCAGAAGCCUAACGGUUACCUAAUCACAGUAUGCACUGGUUCGUGGCUCGCAGCACGAGCGGGAGUACUAGAUAACAAGUUCGCGACGUCAAACAAGUCAGCGUGGUACAAGAGGAAAAUAGUCGGUCCCAAGGUGAAAUGGGUUUCGCAUGCGCGCUGGGUUGUUGAUGAAAACAUCUGGACUGGGUCGGGAGUUGCGGCUGGCAUCGAUCUCACGCUGGCCUUCAUUGAAAAGGUUUACGGGGCUGAGACGGCGAACGAUAUUAGCCGUAUCAUGGAGUACAUGCCACAUAAAGACGCUAAUCAUGAUCCGUUUGCGGACCUGUAUAAGCUAGAGAGGGAAAACUGUUGAGAUUGAUUUAUGAGGAAGGAGAUACAACUUCGCCGUCAGUAUGGGUCUGACAUUUUUCGAUAACAAUAUUAAGAUUAUGGGGAAAUAAGAAGAAACGGAGUUGUUUUGUAUUACAAUGCGAAUGCGUGAAUGUAUACACUGGACGUUCCGGAAAGAUGAAUAUAUGUCUGUUGAAAUACACUUGCGGGUGGGGGUAUAGUUGAAUAUCGAUAUAAGGAGUUGAGUCCGAUUAAUAAGUCGACAGGACCAGAGGCGCGGUGUCGAAAGCACCUCACGUAUAGUGGUUCGUCUGGCGGCCGUAG